CCAUUCCUCGGCUAUUGACAAGCUCUCCCUUCCCAGUGUGCGCGACCGGAGCUCUCUCUAGCGCUGCCAGUGGACAAUCAGACCCACGCACCCUCCCCUAGACACACUCGCAUUUCUCAUUUCGUACUUCUAGUCUAAAUUAGAAAGCGAGGCGCAGGGUCGGAGCUCGCAGAUCGCACAGAAUUAGUUUGAAGUAUCAGCGGCGGGUCGGGCAGCGAAAACCUGAGAUUCAACAUGGAGUCCCCCCCAGAUCCAGCGAGCGACCCGGGCAGCAGCGCCUCGGAGCCGGCUACCCCGGUCAGGGAAACCCCGGCAAACCUGGAGACGCUCCGGAAAGCGGACCAUCCAGCCCCGGUGCGGAGGCAGACCUGCUCGAGCACCAACAGAGGUAUCUCGGUAACAAAGAAGACACAUACCUCUCAAAUCGAAAUAAUUCCCUGCAAGAUCUGUGGAGACAAAUCAUCAGGCAUCCAUUAUGGUGUGAUAACAUGUGAAGGCUGUAAGGGCUUCUUCAGGAGGAGUCAGCAGAGCAAUGCAGCCUACUCCUGCCCCCGUCAGAAGAACUGCCUGAUCGACCGCACCAGCCGCAACCGCUGCCAGCACUGCCGGCUGCAGAAGUGCCUGGCGGUGGGCAUGUCACGGGAUGCGGUGAAGUUUGGCCGCAUGUCGAAGAAGCAGCGAGACAGCCUGUACGCUGAGGUCCAGAAGCACCGGCUGCAGCAGCAACAGCGUGAACACCAACAGCAGCCUGGAGAGGCGGAGCCACUCACACCUAGCUAUGGCCUCUCAGCCAAUGGCCUCACAGAGCUCCAUGACGACCUCAGCGGCUACAUGGAUGGUCACACCACUGAUGGCAGCAAACCGGACUCUGCGGUCAGCAGCUUCUACCUGGACAUCCAGCCAUCUCCUGACCAGUCAGGCCUGGACAUCAACGGCAUCAAGCCGGAGCCCAUCUGCGACUUUGCCCCCGGCUCUGGCUUCUUCCCUUACUGCUCCUUCACCAACGGAGAAACCUCUCCCACCGUGUCCAUGGCUGAGCUAGAGCACCUGGCGCAGAACAUCUCCAAGUCACACAUGGAGACAUGUCAGUACCUGAGGGAGGAGCUGCAGCAGAUGACCUGGCAGGCCUUCCUGCAGGAAGAGGUGGAGAGCUACCAGAGCAAGCCCCGGGAAGUCAUGUGGCAGCUGUGUGCUAUCAAAAUAACAGAGGCCAUUCAGUAUGUGGUGGAGUUCGCCAAGCGCAUCGACGGCUUCAUGGAGCUGUGUCAGAACGAUCAGAUAGUGCUGCUGAAAGCAGGCUCUUUGGAAGUUGUGUUUGUCAGAAUGUGCCGUGCCUUUGACUCGCAAAACAACACAGUCUAUUUUGACGGAAAAUAUGCCGGACCUGAUGUGUUCAAGUCAUUAGGCUGUGACGACUUGAUCAGCUCCGUCUUCGAGUUUGGGAAAAACUUGUGUUCUAUGCACCUGUCUGAGGAUGAGAUCGCCCUGUUCUCCGCCUUUGUGUUGAUGUCUGCUGACCGGUCCUGGCUCCAGGAGAAAGUAAAGGUGGAGAAACUCCAGCAGAAGAUCCAACUGGCCCUCCAGCAUGUCCUGCAGAAGAACCACAGAGAGGAUGGUAUACUUACAAAGUUGAUAUGCAAAGUGUCGACACUGCGAGCGCUGUGCAGUAGGCAUACAGAGAAGCUUACAGCUUUCAAAGCAAUAUACCCAGACAUUGUGCGUGCCCACUUCCCCCCCUUAUACAAGGAGUUGUUUGGAUCAGACUUUGAGCAGUCCAUGCCCGUUGACGGGUAGCAGCCCUGCCAGGUGCCAGUGUGCCCACCGUAGGGGAAUGUGGAGGAGGAAUCUGAGACACUUUAUUGGUGCCCUGCACAACCAGAGCGGACAGAUGGCACGCUGUUCAACUUCUUCUUUUACAUCGGAGGGGAGGGGGGGCGGGGAGGGGGUGGGGGGCUUGGGGAGUUGAUUCUCAAGGUUUACUUUAUUGAAUUUAGUUCUCUUUGAAAGACUAUAGUUGGACCCGACACCCCGUGGGACGUGAAGAGGAGAUAGGCACAAAUAACUUUUGUCUGGUUGAAUUUGACCUUUUUAUGCGCAUUUCUAACAUGGAACUCAAGACACAUGCAUUUUCUUACCUAAGUCAAAAUUAUUCUGAUUUGCGUGCAUCAGACUUGUGAUCACAUUAAUUGCUAAUGAGCCACUUUUGGCGUGAAAAUAGCUGAAGACAUCUUUAAUAGAGAUGAAGGUAAAUGAAGAUGGAAAUGAGGAUGAAUCAAUGUCAGUAUUAUUUUUCUGAUUACACUCCCAAAACUGUUCUGGUAUUUUUAUAUCCAACACUUCAAAUAGUCCCAUCCCGAUUUCUACAGGAUGCAAUAUGUCCUAGAAUAAAACCUGAUGAAUGCGCACACUUUGGUCAGGUUCAGCCACUUUUCUCUUUGUGUUGAGUCGUAUCUUCUGGACGCAGUGCUUGGAAUGAAAACUCACAGCAACUUUAGGGGAGGCUCCGUCGGCAUGGUGAUGCAAUCGGCAACUCUCUACGGACAAUCGUUUAAAAAAAAAAAAAAGAGAAACAUAGAAUUCUGGUAAUUCUAAUGAAACCACAAUGAUUUUAGCUGUCAAAGACUCCAUCCACCAUUGUUGCAUAGUGAAAUCAUGUAAGGCCAUCUGCUAUUAAUCCUUCUCUGGACAGGUGCCCUGGAGAAGCACAGGGCACCAACACAAUGAAAAGGGUCCAUUCCACCUGUUUUAUAAUGUACUACAGGGUAUAUGGUCAUAAGUACUUACUAUACAGAAAAAAAGUAAUGUUUAUAGAAUCUAUUUUAAAUAACAUGUAUGAUAUUAGUAGUUAGACCAUUCUUAAUUGUUGAAUUGAUAAGGCACUUUUAUUUACACCUUUCUUUAAUUUAAGACGUGUAUAUUUACCUAGUGAUGUGUUGCAUGUGCACAAGAAAUACAAGUUGAACCAUGGUCACAGAGGCUCGUCCUGGGAGCAACAGUUGAUAACUGGUCCUGGAGUGUUAGGGGCCGUCCGUCGGGGUGGCUGGUGUGGCUGCUCGCUGUCGAACAAAUGGGCGCGUGUGAGAAGGCAGCGUAGAGACGCUCGUAUCACCUGUUACCUCUCCACAUCAGAGCCGCGUGGCUCCGAUACCUAUUUUGGAGAGUACACACACAUUUGAUAACAGUCAACAACCCCUGUAGAGAUGUCACAGUCUCAAGUCCUGCAUUCUGUUUGAACCAUUUUUUUUAAAUGCAAGAAAACAUAGAGGUAUGGAAAGAAAUUUGCAGCAUCAUAUUCUUUUGAUAUUAUUUUCCUUUUAUGGUGAAAAAGAUCAUUUAUUACGUAAAAAAUGCAACAUCAUCUCAGCCAGGUCUGACAAAUCAAUGUUGAAUAUGCUUGUGGUUCGGACUGGAGCAUCACACAUUGACUUUAGUCCAAUUGUUCCAUCUAGUGGAAGGAAAAGAUGCAGCAAGCUGGUUACCAGCCUAUUGAGAGAGAGGUCGGCGUACGUCUAACCCAAAAGCACAUUUAUGAGCUUCUCUCGGAAAUGUUCAGAGUGUCUUCUUUUUCUUUCUUUGUCGUUAUUUCUGAGUUGCUUUAUCUGCCUUCUCACCUCAGCCUCAGCCCGGCAGCCCCACAGCAGGACACAGAAGAGACAGUGAAGGGAAAGUGAAUAUUCAAAGCCUUGUCUGGUAGUAAAGCUUCUAUUUUUGUAACAUGUUUCGGUUAAUAAACCCAUGAAAACGUACGAGGGAGAGAAAAAGAAGCCAGGUAGCACUUAACUAUAUUCCUGCAAUAAUUAGACUAGCUGUUGUUUGUAUGAUUAGGGGAGAAACAUAAAAAUGUUAGGACAAGUGCUAUUUUCAGAAUGCUUUGUUGUUGUGCUUCUGUUUUGUUGAGUGUGUCUUUCUUGUCAGUGUCGUAGUAACGUGGUAGAAAAAACCCAUGGAUGUGCCAAACAGUAGUCGUCGCUUCUGCUUUCCAGUCUACUCGUCUGUAAUGUAGAAUGGAUUCCUAAGACAUUCCAGCGAUCUCAGUAGCGGCUUCUAGAAAUAUCUUUUUGAGGAAAAAAAAACAAGGAAAAAACUGAAUUUAUAAUAAAAAAAAGGAAAAAAAAUGAUAUCCCUUUAGAAAUCCAACAAAGCAUGUUAACACAUCUGUCACCCACCGUAACAUAGGAUCCAGUUGUUUGUGUUUUUGUUUUUUUUUGUUUGCACACUAUCAUUCCUCUGCCGUGCAAUUUGUACAAGGUGUUAAUGCCUUGUGCUGUCACCCCUCAGGGAAGAGUUGUUGUGUUGUUUUUGUGCUUUCUGUUUGAGAGGACAUUUGUUUGUAUCGAUAUGGUUUUUGUUUUUGUUCAGGAAUGUUCCAUGAGAAGUGGUUGAGUUUAACCCAUGAAUAUUCAUCGCUGAAUUGUUCAGACUUUGACAUUAUUGAUCUCCUUACGGGGGCGGCCAGCCACUCAAAAAAAGAAACAACACAUCUCAUUUGUAAAAACAACAAACCCCAUCACUUUCACUAAACCGUGGUUUUAUCAGUACACAGCAUAUUUGUGAGACACACAACAAAAAAAUCUGAUUUGGUUUCAAACGGUGUCAUCAGGGUCUUUAAAAAUGAUAAUAACCCUCUUUGUUAGAAAAACCAAAUAUUCUUAUGCAAUACUAAAUCUCUUGUGUUUUGGAUUGUAGUAGAUUAUGCUGUACCUAAGUAAUAAUCUCUGUUUUGAUCCAAUGCUAUUUUGGAUAUGCACAAGCCCUCUAUGACUAGUAAACCUCAGUCUCCCAGAGAAAGAAAAAAAAAAAAACCCAGUCUGGAAAACUGCUAGACAAUCCAGGUUGAGAGGCCCAGUGGCCCGGCAGGAGCAGCCAAGAGGGUGAGGUGUGAAUGCUCAGGGAGGUAACAGGUCGACUGAAGAAGCAGCUCGCUUUCCUCUGGACUGUUGCAGAGCAUCGACGUAGCUCUUUUGUGAAUUUACGAGCACUUGACCGAUGAGAGGAGCAGGCAUAGCACACUGAACCAGCAGUACAACAGCUACUGUUCAGAUUAAUAAUGAAGAGAUGGACAUUUGGAUUUCCUGUUAUUUAUUUGCAAAAAAAAAAGAAGAAGACACUUCUUUUUCUUGAAAACGAUUCCGUUACUUAAGCUGUUGGAAUCUUUGUUUAAUGUUCACGUUACGAGCAACCGAGUGCGAUCGGUCGAGGUCGACCACCGGAAAGGCUCCUUUCUCAUAAAGUGAAAAAGAUGUCUCCAUUUUAUUUUCCGUCAGGUCUAAGUAGUUGAGUGGCUUGUACUAUGUUCUAUAAUAUAAAACACACAAUAUGCCUUGUGUUACAAUUACGGGUCUCUACAGUGCAGUCAUCUUCCUUUUGAAUUGAACUUAUUCACACACGGCUGACUCCAACAAAAAGUAAUAAAACCCCAUUACUCUGUUUUCACCCUCUUAUGUACUGAUGUGGCAGGAAAAACGAUCAUCAAACUCAUGAAUACUUGUCCAAGUAUAAACUGCACCUUCGCACAGGCCUGUAAAGUGAUGUCCUUCUGUAUAGUCUCACUUGAGAGAUCCCAUUUUAGGUAAAGGGGUCGAUGCUAAGUGUGCUAUUCAAUCAGUGUAUUAGUGUACAGUAAAAUGUGCCAGUCCUUCUGUCUCUGCUCUGUUGUCUUUGUAAAAAGCAAUAGUGUGUGUGUGUGUGUGUUUGUGUGUGCGUGUGCGUGUGUGUAUGUGUGCGUAUGUAUUUGUUCUCACAGUGUGUGAAUAAAAUAAAACCCCAGACAAGGCUUUAAUAAUUACAGAGGAACAGGGUUAUGUGGAUGAGGAGGUCUUGGUUUUAUUUUGGACUGUUUUUUAGUUUUUUCUCUUUUAAAAAAGGUUUUGGAAAAAUGCCGAGCUUGAUCCAUCCAUAAUAGGUGAAGGGUUUUUUUAAAAGCAUGACAUAAUGCCUUCAACAAUUCAUUGGUCUGCAGAUUGCUAUGGAGAAACAUUGACCAGCUCCACGGUGGAAACGUUGCUCUCCGUUUCAGGCAGCACAGCCGCAGCCACCGGCUGAAAACCAGAAUUCUGGGCUGUAAAUUGUUAAAACGAGUCUCCGUGACCACAAAUUGUGAAGAUAAGUGUUAUGUCACGCUUGAAGAUGUGCUGGAGUUGUCGGUGCGUUACCCAGAAUUAUGAGUCAGUCAUCACAUUUUAACAGAAACUAAUUAAUCCAAAGCACAGCUGAUAAGGAUUUAUGAUUAAAAAAUACGUUUAAGAAUAUAGUUUUAAAUAAUAAAAAAAUGAAAAGCAACUUUUAGCCAUAAUCGAAUGUCAAGCAAUAAUAUAUGUCUGUGUAUUAUUUUUGAUUCUUUUGUGCAUAAUAGUCUUUGAACAUCUGCAUGUAAAUACACCUCUUAUUUAUCACUUUCUGUUGCCUUUUGUGUUGAUUUUGUGGACGUUUUUUAUGUCUCAUCUGUAUAUUUGACCAGUUCUGUUCCCAGGUGGAGAACUAAGAACUUGACAUGGCCUGUAUGCUGUAUAUCUUAUUUUCUCACUCUUUCUCUCUCCCUCGAUCUCAGCUGUUUCUUCACCAUAUUUAAUGUUAUUAUUGAUCACAUGUAUAAAGGUAGCUCUGUAACUUCUGUCUGUAUAGGUAAGAGGAAAAUACUGCUACUAAGGCCUACCCAGUGGAAAUAUUUAUCUGUUUAUCAAUGACACCAUAUUGUAUGAUAACUCUGUUUCUAGUUUGCCUCCCUCCUUUAGGAUUAGUUUGAUAGAGACGGGGUGUGCUGACCUUUACUUUGUGUUGCCCUGAUGUGUGGUGCUAGGUUAAGUUAAUUUUGUGAACAAAGUAUUGAUUCCUAAGCCUGGCUGCCCUAUUAGUACAUUCAUUUCAUUGCACAUUAAUGUAUUAUUGAUAUUAGGACUCAAAUAAAGAAUAAGAAUAAUUAAAAUGAUAGUGGUAAAAUUACCCAGCCAGCACCUGUAUCAGUGUGCUUGUCCUGGGGUAAGGCACUUAUUUCCUUCUGACUUAUAGCAAAUCUAGUAUCUGCUAAUUAACAAGCUAUUUAAGGUUGCGUUUCUGGUUUGUGGGAAAACGAUAAUAAUAUUCAAACAGAAACAGGCGGUAUUGUGUUUUGUUUUUCCUUUGUCUGUUAAAACCACUCACUGGGGCUUAUAGUUUGUCAGGUUUUAAGAUACUUAAUAUUUACCUCUCUUGUAUCUGCGUAGUUCUUCGCCUGAUGCAGGGAAGCGGUGCUUGGAUUUCAUGAAACAGAGCCUCAGUACGCUUUUGUUAUCCCCCCCCCCCCACAUUUUAGGCUAUCCUGAUACAAUGGUUUUAUUCAGACCAGUGGCAUAAUUAAACUUUUAGCACCACAGGAAGUGUCACACGUGUACAUGAAAUGAUCGCCAUUCGAGGACAAAGUUGACCUUUUCUCUGCACUCUGUAGCAAAUAUCAGUAAGAAUAUACUUGCAAUAAUACACAACGUAUCACACUGAGUGCCUCUCGGUGUAACAAGACGCAUACAUGGUUUUGAUUGUCCUUUUUUUUUGUGGUUUUCCAAACGUGUACUGAAGUGGCGAUGUAUUUUGUACAUGAGGAUGAAUUCUCAAUCUCAAGUGCUUCAAAUGUUAUUUUCAGAUUCUCUCUUUGUUUUAAUCGUGGGUUGAAGCGCAACAUCAAAGGGUUUAAAUGUACAGUCGCCCCUCACCUGGUUUCAGAAACAUAAAUGGGAAAUGUGUUUCAUUUUCGAUCUUGAAGGGUCAAAUAAAUGCUUGCAAAUAAUAUUACAGAAAAGUUCACCAUCAUUUGUUCAUCCUUUGUUUGCUAACCUUUUGUUUUGUUAUUUCACUGAGAACAGAAGAUCUACUUAUGCGUUGUAUAGCAAGUAUUUGUAUCUGUUUGUAAAAGAGGAAUACAACACAUUUUCUUUAAUGUUCUGUGUUCAAUGUGCGCUCAGUCAGUUUUGGUAACUUAACAUGAAGGGUGGGUGGAGCACGGGUGGAUCUGGAUUCUUUUUCUUUCAUUUUUUUUUCAUGCAAAAGCCGUACAAAUAAUGGGAAAGCCGAAACUAGUGUGUGGUUGUCACAAAUUUCUAAGUCACUCGUUUGCUACUGAUGUAAAAAUGGGGACAGAUGAUCAUGUACCUUUUUAUCCAACUCUUUUGAACUCUCUUUAGCAGGUAGUCUAUUCACAAAUGUAGUUUUGCUCCUUCUUGUCUGAUUCUUAAAUAUGAAAAUAAGUAUUUUGAUUCAUUUUGUAAAUACAUCUGUAAAGAAAAAUAAGAAAUUUAAUGUUGUCUUUUAAAUACUUUUCAUUCUAAUAUGAAUGUUGUUAUAUUGUACUUAGAAACUGUACCUUUAAUAUUACCUUUAUUAAAAGUGCAUUGGACACAUCGAUUUUAGAUGUGCUUUAUGUGCUGUUAUCCCAUAAUAAAAUUUACCGCUUGUAAUGGGCUUUUAUUUCCUGACUGUUUAACUGUCUCCAUUGUCCCCACCCCCCACCCCCUUUAAUAAAACCAAUCAAGCUGAA